AUGUCACUGACAAGCUCAAGUUCCUCUCCAAAGCCUGUAGUGGUCAUCGUCGGCGCGGGUGCUUUUGGUUUGUCCACUGCUUACCACCUGCUCGAGCGUGGCUACACCGGUGUGACGGUACUCGAUCGUGCUGAGCAUCUGCCCGCGGUCGAUGCAGCGAGCACUGACAUGAAUAAAGUGGUUCGUUCUUGUUACGGCGAUCCAGAAUACACGCGGCUUGCCCGCCAGGCGAUCGAAGAAUGGCGCAAUGAUAUGUGGCAAGACUGUUACCAUGAGUCUGCGUGCGGUGUCCUCAACUUGGGCGAUGCAUACACUGAGCGGUCUAUUAUCAACGAUCUCAAGCACGGCGCCAAGGUCGAGCGCUUAGAUAGUCCUGCAUCCAUCAGAGCACAGUUUCCUACGGACCUUCACAAUUCUGGUAGACUUGGGACAUUCACGUCGUUGGACGUCUCUUCUACAAGCUACACCAAUCAUGAUGGUGGUUGGGCAGAGGCUGAACGUGCAGUCGGUCUCCUCAUGGAACAUGUGAAGAAACGCGGUGUCAAAGUCCUGCCUGGCAAGGUAGUUCAAGAAUUGGUCAAGGACGAACGUGGACAAACAAAAGGAGUCCGCUGUGCCGACGACUCUGAAUACGAGGCUAAUGUAGUGGUCCUUGCUCUUGGUUCGUGGACUGCGAGCGCAUUCCCGUCGUUAAACCUGACGGGAAAGUGUCUUGCUACGGGUCAAUGCGUAGCGACGAUGCAACUUACGCCGGAAGAGGCAGAAGAAUAUCGCAAGACACCUGUCGUACUUGAUUUCAGGACCGGCUUCUACGUAUUCCCACCAACAUAUCGUAAUGUUGUCAAAUUUGCAAUCCACGCUGCUGGACACACCCACGCAGUUCCUGGAUCCACCAUAUCAACCCCGCGUACGAUCGCCUCUGACCCAGACAACGGCCUAUGGAUACCGCGGUCAGUCUUGAAGGAGUUAAGGGUCCAGCUGCGGAGUGUAUACCCUGCGCUUGCCGAAAAACCCUUCAGCGGGAC